ACAUGACGUCCCUUUAAGAUCAUCCUUGACCGCCCGCGACCACGGCACGAGACAAAUGACCAGGGCAGAGUUACAGUGUAGCAGAUCGCGUCUCAUAUCGGUCCCGUUUGAAACGGAUUUAUAACCCGGUGAUCGGUGAUUUGGCGGCUCAUACGAAGGAAGAACCUCCGAUGCGGAUCAUUCAAGCACUUUUACGCGCGAUGCGAGACACGAGUUGGGAUGUCGAAAUGACGCACCUUGGGUUAUUUUAACAGAUUGUGAAGUUUUAGUUGUUUUUCUUUAUUUCUGGACUGCUUCUUGGAAAUCGACUUGCAUGCACAGCCAAGCAAAACAAUAACAAGUAGCUUCGCUAAACAGGAAGAGCAUUUUAAUGCACAUUUACGCGUGGGAGAAUGCCACAAGACUUUUAAGUGCCUUGUUUAAACACAUCAUUGGGCGUCGUUGUUCUUAAACUACUCUGAAUAUUUGCGCCAUCGGUUAAGUGAGAAGUUGCAUCCGUGGAGAGGAAAGCAGCGAUAGUUUGUUCUUCUUUUCUUGUAGGAUAGCUGAGCCAAACUCGGUCUCCCUCAAUGACUCUCGACAACGUAAAACAUUCCGCGAUACUCACGACUUUUUUAAAAAUGGAAGUCGAUAAUGAUUUGAUAGGCGCCUCUGAAUUCAUAAAAGAUCGUCUCUAUUUUGCCACCUUACGAAGCAAGCCGAAAAGCACCGCAAACACGCAUUACUUCAGCACGGAUGAGGAGUUUGUGUAUGAAAAUUUUUAUGCAGAUUUUGGGCCCCUCAACCUUGCUAUGCUGUACAGAUACUGCUGUAAGCUCAACAAAAAGCUGAAGUCUUUUACACUGUCCAGAAAGAGGAUUGUGCACUACACCAACUUUGACCAGCGCAAAAGGUCCAAUGCCGCUGUGCUCAUCGGUGCCUAUGCUGUAAUUUACCUAAAGAAAACACCAGAGGAAGCCUACAGAGCCCUUAUCUCUGGCUCCAAUGCCUCAUAUCUCCCCUUCAGGGAUGCUUCAUUUGGGAAUUGCACAUACAACCUGACGGUUCUCGAUUGUUUGCAAGGCAUUAGGAAGGCCCUUCAGCAUGGAUUCUUGAACUUGGAGACGUUCGACGUUAAUGAGUAUGAGUAUUAUGAGCGUGUGGAGAACGGAGAUCUGAACUGGAUCGUCCCCGGCAAACUUCUUGCAUUCAGUGGGCCUCAUCCAAAAAGUAAAGUAGAGAACGGUUACCCUCUACAUGCACCUGAAGCCUACUUCCCAUAUUUCCGCAAGCACAACGUCACUACCGUAGUGCGCCUCAACAAGAAGAUCUACGAUGCCAAGCGUUUCACGGAUGCUGGAUUUGACCAUUACGAUCUGUUCUUCGUGGACGGCAGCACGCCCGGUGACGUCAUCACCCGGCGCUUCUUGCACAUCUGCGAGAGCACAGAUGGGGCGCUGGCUGUACACUGCAAGGCGGGUUUAGGCCGGACAGGCACUCUGAUUGGCUGCUACCUGAUGAAGCACUACCGUUUCACGGCUGCCGAAGCCAUCGCCUGGAUCCGCAUCUGUAGACCCGGCUCCAUCAUCGGACCCCAGCAGCAUUACUUGGAAGAGAAGCAGGCGAGUCUCUGGGCACAUGGAGAUUUGCACCGCGCAAAGCAGAGGCAGUACGAGGACCGUUCUGUGCCUCCCCUUAUCUCCAGUAUGGACAACCUCUCCAUCAACACCACCUUCUACAAAUCCCACAGCAUGGAUCGCAUGGAGGAGAAUGAUUAUGCAGAGAACGACCUCGGAAUGACUCAAGGAGACAAACUGCGUGCCUUAAAGGGUCGACGGCAGCCCAGGUCUGCGACCACCGGAGCCAUAAGACUUGAAGAAAUGAAACUGCACACUAGAUCCACAUCACAACCUCUCAGCAGGAUAAGGCCAGCAGCCAAUUGCCAGGGCUCCAUCUCCCCCCUAAAAUCCUCUAAAGUCCCACCAUCUUCUGUGUCCGCAUCUGCCAAGCGAAUUGGCCGUUCCUCCUCUUCAUCAACCAACCUCAAAAGCACCAGGUUAGCCAGCUCUCUGGGUAACUUGCACGAGCCCGAUGAAGAAACCAAGAGCUCUAGGAAACAGCCCUCCCCCUCCUCGUUCACUUCCUCAACUCCUUCCCACCCCGUUCGCAUGGGCUACAGCAGCCCGCACAAUUACCACUUUGAAGUCAACAACAACAAUCAAUAUAACACUUCCAAUGCCCCGAGCACCAACGGGGCGAGCCCAAGCAGCGGCGCAAAAAGCCUGACAUACAACCUCAACAACACCAGCUUGGGGGGACCUUCCACCAUUGGAAGGCUGGGGACCGAGGAGCAGGGGCACUACAGAAAUCCCCCAGCAGGGCUGAGCGGGGUCUCUGCACGCUACCUUAGCCGCUCCAUUCCCUCUCUUCAGUCUGAGUAUGUUCAGUACUAAAGCGGCCACUUUUCGUUAACCCCGUUCCGUACUGCUGGCCCGGUUCCGACCCACGACGGUGUCACUGUGACCACCGCUUCUCCAACUUUCUGUCACAGGCACUCAAAGGAAAACGAAUUCGAGAGGAAGUGCUUUGAAGACUGAAUGUCUCCCAUAUGAUACAUCCUGCUUAUCGGGAUUGAACUGAUCUGGAAUCUGCUGUAUGCUGUUCAUUAACCGACAACAAAGAACUUGCUUUUGCCGUUUUUUUUUUCAACACGGUUAAUCCUUUUGCUUUUUUCCUUAUUUUUUUUUUUUUUUAAAGAGGUACUUUUCAUGUUUGAAUUUACAUAGUUGUACUGAAAAAAAAUGUAUUUUUAGAAAAAUAAUUUUGUACUAUUUUAUCUACAAUUACACAUGAUCUUAUACUUGCCGACAAACAUGUUUUGUUGAAAUAUUUGGACUAGAGAGUUUGUUCUACUUAACAAAUAACAUAUCAAGUGCGAGGGCUAUAUUUGAAAGGUGCAAAAUGGGUUGACAGCUAUGUGUUGUCUUCAAAGGGAUUUUCAGGGCGUUUUUAGGCACAUGAAAGAGAUAAGUGUGUAUUUUCUUCAGUGGGGUUCGGUGGGUCUUAGGUGGGCUUGUUUCUACGCAACAACGGAUGGCUAAUGAGACCACGACCAUUUGCAAGCGCAAAUGUAUUUUUCUCGUUAUAUGAUGGGCUUUGUUUGUUCAGUAAGGGUAACUGGUUGGACUCCUGUUCAUUUCCCAGGCCUUUGUGACAUCAUAAUGAACGUGAUUAUCAAACUAAUUCAGCUGUCAGCUUGCUCCUUUUUCAAGAGCUUUAAGGGCUGUUGAGAACACAUAAGAUCCGACACUACAUCUUUCACGAUUGUCAUUUUCAACAGCGCCCCAAAGCACAAAUGAAACACCUCAGAAUGUAGGCGCAAGUUGCACACACUUUGGUUGCUGGUCUUAACAUGCCUAGGCCAUGUCCACACCAAUCCAUUUUCUUCUGGAAACUGAUUACGUUUCCUAACAUCACUGUUUUCCAAAGUAUGCGGUUAUGGAGAGUUUCAAAGUGCUCCAUUUUCGAUAGAGGAAAAAGCUUAUCUAGUGUAGAUUAGAGGCAUAAACAUAGUGAGAUUAAUGCGUUUUCAUACAAAAACGUAUUAGUGUGGACGUGGCUAUAGGGCGAUAAUGUAUGUGAAAUGAAAUUGUAUGCAGGGAUAAUGGAUGUUUGUAUGUUCAAUGGUAAAUGGCGGUAUUAAAGUAUGCGACAUGGCUUGUUCACAAGCUGCAUUUUUAUCUAGACUUUCAAUUAUGAUGGAAGCACACGUAAAAGCAACAACAUACAUAAAACCCUUCAUGUUCUUAAUGCACAAAGAAAGCAUAAACUAUUUAGAAAAUGUUUAUCUAACAAGGGUUGGAUGGUAAAUGUCUAAUAGAAUUUGGAUAUUUGUCCAGAUUUGACCGUAAAAACAUCGGUUAAGAGGUUGUUUACAAUCAGGCGAAAAUUGUUUAUCGUACAGUGUUCGUAUAGGUUCACCUGCAAGGUUUAAGCUAAGACUGUUGGAAUAUUGAUGUAGUUAGACCAAAAAAAUGAGCAUUCUGUCAUUUACUCGCCCUCGAGUGGAAUGACUAUUUAUGUUCUAAGUCUUCUGAAUAUAUCCGUUAGCUUUGUGCGAGGAACAGAUCUGCGAUACUUAUCCAAACUUAUUUGUGCUUUUCCGAUAUUCAAACUUGGCGCAACGGGAUUUGUUACGAGAAAUGAGAACCAAUGGCUUUCGACGGCAUUGACGUCAAACCUGCCAAGAUGCGUCUUAAUGCGGCAUUUUUAAAAUGCGAAUGCGUGAGAUUGGAAAGCUGCGAGGUCUUUAGUGAAUCAUGACUUGCAUUUCAGCGUGUUCCUCGUACAAAGCCAUUGGCUUCAGAAGAGUUCAGAUUAUAGUGCACAAUUCCCAGCCCCCAUUCACUUUUGUUGUAUGGAAAAAGCAGUGUGAACAUCUCUUAUUUGUGUUCCAAUGAAGGAAUGAGUCAUACAGAUUGCCAUGAGGGUGAAUAAAUGACAGAAUUUUCAUCUUUGGUUGAACCAAAUCCUUUAUGUUUUACUUUGAACAAAUGCUUCAGGACACUUCACGUGUUUUUGCAAUUAUGACUUGAUGAAUGAAUUCUUGACUGUUCUGUAUCCUAUUUCACCCUGUAGCACUCUGUACAUUCCAAAUGGUGUUAUGAUCUAUGUAUAAACAUUUUGGAAGAAUCUUAUUUGAUUGAAGGUUUCUACCUCUUUGAUGUAUAUGGUUGUAUCUGCUGUAAACUACUCCUUGCUUAUGAAAUUUAUAUAUUUUUGAAACAGUGUGUCAAGAAAAUCUAACAAUGUUACUGUAGAGUAUUGGUUUGUUUUUCACAAAUAUAGUGAUAUAUAAAGUAAAAUACAAAGUUGAGGAUUGUACAUUUAUUCUUUUACAUUGUAAUCAAGAUUUAAAAAACCAGAACAAAAUAAAAGACUAAUUUUCAACAGAAGCGUGCAUCAUGUGGAAACCAAUGUAAUCACUUUUGCUUCUCUUUGUGCAGUUGCCCAAUUAGUCUUUAAGAUAAGUUUGCACUGUAAAGAUUUUGUCCAUCGGUGGCAAAAAUACAGUUUUUGGUUUUUUUUACAGCUGCACAAAAGUAAAUUAAGUAGCAGCGAUAUUCUCUCCCUUACAACCAUCAAAGUGGGAACUGCAAAUCGCCACAUUUAUGGACUAGAGUUGUCUUUCCUUUUGAGUUUGUCUGGCAGCAGGCGUUCUGCCGUGGGCGUCAAUGACAGCUGUGAAAAUGGAUGCAAGUCGAAUGACUGUUCACAACCAUAAAUGUGGCAAGUAUUUCGAAAUGUCAGUUCAAUUUAUGCAUGAGUUGAUUCUUUUGUUUCUUUUAGUGGUAACAUUUUACUGCAAGGUUGUAUGCAUUAACAUUCGUUAAUACAAUACACUGAAAAACAUUUUUAUAUUGUGAAAUAAAUAUAGCAGAAAAGAUUGUA